ACGCCCUCCGACACCUAAAGCUGCCGCUGCCCCCUCAGAUUUGCGUUUCGUAUCCCCCUCCCAGAGCUGUACCUUCUUGGUGAAUUCUUGAGACUGCUAUCUGAGGCAGGUUCCUCACGUUUUUAUUAUCCGCACCACAGUCGCGUUUUAUUAUCUAUCCUUUUAAACAUAGCCUGACACUCUUUCGUUUUCGAUCCUGGCAGGUCCUCGUCGAGCCCUACCCUCGUGUUCCAUCCCCAACCCUAAGAAGGGCCACCGCGUCUGACGUUCCCACUUCAAACACCUGUACAGAGGAACGUGUUGCAGCGCACCAUGUAUCCAUCCGCCCACCACCAGCAGAUGCCGCCACCUCAGGCACGCUCUGUCGCGCCAGAGACUUUUCUAUUAGACCAGGACGCCCAGCAAAGCCUCCCGCCGGACAGUGUCGUUGCCCUGCAGCAGGUCGACAACCUCAAGUACUUCCUCAUAUCAGCACCCGUUGACUGGCAACCCGACCAGUACAUUCGCCGGUUCUUGCUCCCAACAGGCGAAUACGUCUCAUGUGUUCUAUGGAACAACCUUUUUCACAUCUCCGGCACAGACAUUGUACGAUGCCUGUCAUUCAGAUUCCAGGCCUUUGGCCGCCCAGUUAAGAACUCCAAGAAGUUCGAAGAGGGCAUCUUCUCAGAUCUGCGCAACCUGAAAUCGGGCACAGAUGCUUCCCUGGAAGAGCCCAAGAGCGCAUUCCUUGACUUCCUGUACAAGAACAACUGCAUCCGAACACAGAAGAAGCAGAAGGUUUUCUACUGGUACAGCGUACCCCACGACAGGCUUUUCCUUGAUGCCCUUGAGCGUGAUCUCAAGCGCGAGAAGAUGGGCCAAGAAGCAACCACUAUGGCUGUCAGCGAACCCGCGCUUUCCUUCGAAUUUGAUUCCUCCCAGUCGCUCUUUGAGCAGCUCACCAAGGCGCAACAAACCAACUCAUCGUCGUUCAACAACAACGUUCAACCAUCGUACCAGAGCACAUCGCCCGACAUGCAAAGAAUGGACUCCAUGCCCCCACCAACCAUGGUCCCAGUACAGCAAUCCAUGCCUCAGAUGCAGCAGCCAAUGCAGCAACCAAUGCACCACGAGGACCCCAUGGCCCAGUACCACCAACAAAUGUCAAUGCCACCUUCUAUGCAGAACCCCGUUGUCAAGAGCCGGGAGCAGCGCGAGAUGAGCCAGUCUUUCCAGUACGACCGCAACGGUAUUCCUUUGUCCCAAGUUCACCAGCGCCACAGCUCCAUGCCUGCAUACAUGGAGUACUCUCCCGCGCCGUCUUUCGUCUCUUCUCACUACGAAGACUACAGCACUCGCGGCAUGUCUUUCGAGCCAUUGACCCCACCUCAACACCAGAUUGGUCUCGGUGCUGAGCCCGCUUACAUUGCGAACGAGGACACUGGUCUCUACAGUGCUAUCCCAGACCUUCCAGUUCCCAACACGUUCAACCCUCUGAUGAACAUGCCCCCAUCAAACUUGAUGGGCUCUGGUUACCCCGGCGUUUCCCGGCCAUUUGCUCCUGGCAAUGUCUACUCCGUCAUUGAAGGCUCGCCCACCUACAAGCAACGUAGGAGGCGUUCGUCCCUUUCCGCUGGCAUCGCCGCUGCUGUCACUGCCUCCGGUGCAGGUGCUCACCAGGUUCACCGUCCAAGUGACCUGAGGCGAUCAAUGUCUAGCUCAGUCGUUCCCCUUGCUGAGGUCGAUGAGUCAAACCACAACUCGCCCAACAGCACCAACGGUGCGAGCUACCCCCAGAUGCCUGAGCAGAAGCCUCACAUGGACAUGUCCCGACAGGGUACCCCGCUCAACACUGUUGAGGAGAGCCCUGAGCCACAGUCUGCUUCGCUCCAUCACGACGAUCUCAACACUCUGGUCAACGGUGAGCUGUUUGAGAGCCCUCUCCAGCACAGCGCGGUUGCUCGUACCGCUGGUGCAGGAGGACCCGUUUUCCGACGCGCCCGCAGUGCCACCAUGAUGGAAAUCGGCCCGUACCCCCAGAAGUCGCACUCCUGCCCGAUCCCCACCUGUGGUCGUCUCUUCAAGAGAUUAGAACACCUCAAGAGACACGUACGCACCCACACACAAGAACGACCAUACGUUUGCCCGUUGUGCAACAAGGCCUUCUCGCGCUCAGACAACCUUGCCCAACAUCGUCGCACACACGAGCCCCGCGCUGACGGCGAGCCACUGAGUGACUACCAAGAAGAGGACGACCUUGAGGGUGAGGAAGACCACCUCCACUCGCUCGCGGAUGAGCUUUCGCCUGAGUCCGGCAACGAGUACCUCGGUCUGUCGCACUCCAUCAACGACAUUCCUGGCCCAGGACUCGGUAUGACCAUGGCGCCGCCACAACACAGCCUCAUGGCCGGCAGCCACUACUGAGCAUACACUGUCACGACGUCACACAUGUGAAAUGAGCAUUUCGGCGCAAUCAAUGGCGCAGCCAUCUAGCAGGAUACCAGUCUGCUGUUUUUCUUGUUCAUCUUCUCGUCU